UCAGUACCGCGCGGUCAGUGGCGGAGGGUGGUGCGGACGGUGGGUCAGAGCUGAGGAGGCGGGCACUGCCGGACUGUGAGGACAGAGGGAGACCGCGCUGAGGUCGUCUCGGUGGCUCAGGUGUGGACUGCGGUGAGAGGAGCUGAACCAGCACUGAACUGCGCCGCGUCUACUGCAGGUCGACGCGGAGGAGAUACGGGCGCACAGGGGCCCUCCGACGGUGAUCAUGCUGCGCUGAAGGACGGGAACCGCUUGCUAUAUCUGCUCUCUGUCCUCUGAAGCCCUCUUCGAUCUCCACGGCCUUCUGAACUCUUUGCGUCUACGGUUCGGACUCGGACGUCAGCCAUGAAGCUGACGAUGCUGCUGCUGCUGAUGCUGACGGGCGCCGGCCUGGCUCAGGAGAUCAACAUCACAGACCGCCGACUGGUCCCCUUCUCAGAGCUGAGGGAGUCACUGGACAGGUUCGCGCCGCCCGGAGUCACGGCCUUCUCCGAGAUCUUGUUCGACAUUCAGAAGUACCAGAUGAUCGUGGGAGCCAGGGACCAGCUGUACCGUCUCAGUGUGCGCGGCCUGCAGGAGCUGGAGUCGGUCCACUGGCCGCCGACGCCGCGCGACGCCACACUCUGCGAGAUCAAGGGCCAGGCGGCCGGCGACUGCCGAAACUACAUCCGCGCGCUGCACAGCCGCGGCGACCGGCUGCUGGCCUGCGGCACCAACGCGUUCCAGCCGCAGUGCACGUGGCGCGUGCUGGAGUCGCUGCGCACCGUACUGGCCUCCGAGUCGGGCGUGGCCGUGGCGCCCUACUCGCCGCGCUUCAACGUCACCUCCGUGCUGACGGCCGACGGCGACAUCGUGGCCGCCACGCCGACCGACUUCUCUGGCCUGGACCCGGCCGUGUACCGGGGCGCCGGCGUUAGCGGCCGCGCCGCCCUGCGCACCAGCAAGUACGACACCCGCCUGCUGCGGGAGCCCCAGUUCGUCGGCUCGUUCGAGACGGCCGACUUCGUCUACUUCGUCUUUAGGGAGGAGGCGUUCGAGCUGCUCAACUGUGGAAAGCGUGUGGUCUCCCGAAUCGGGCGGAUUUGCAAGAACGACUCGGGCGACCGGCGCGGCGUGUGGACCACGUUUCUGAAGGCGCGCCUCAACUGCUCGGUGGCCGGCGAGUACCCGUUCUACCUGGACGAGGUGCAGAGCAUCCACUAUCUGGACCGGCACGAGGUCCUCUACGCCACCUUCAGCGCGCCAGAGAACGGCCUGGCCGGCUCGGCGGUGUGCGCCUUCCGUCUGCAGGACAUCCAGCAGGCCUUUGACGGGCCAUACCGCCAGCUGGAGGACCAGCCGUCCGGGCCGCAGCAGCGCACGCCCGAGGAGCGCCGCCACUUCCAGUGCGGCUCGGACGACGCGGCCGUCAGCGAGACGCGCCGCCGACCGCCCACCGCCGACGCCAUCGACCAGGCGCUGGCCUUCCACGCCGUUCAGCCCAACAAGCUGGACCCGCUGCUGCUGCUCGACGGCGUCAGCCUGUCGGCGGUCGCCACAGACGUGAUCACCACUAAGCACCACAUGGCCGUGCACGUGAUAUUUGUCACCGACCGAGCGGGCACCAUCCGUAAGCUGAGCGUGGUGCCGCGCAGCCAGAAGACGUGUCUGGUGGAGGUGCUGCAGCCGUUCGAGCGGCCCACCACCGUCCUCGCCAUGAAGCUGCUCAGAGAGGAGGGCUCGCUGUACCUGGGCACCGACUCCGGUCUGGUGCGUGUCCCCGUGCAGCGCUGCGACCGCUACACCUCCGAGGCGGCCUGUCUGGCGGCGCAGGACCCGUACUGCGGCUGGGAUGCGCUGCGCCAGCUCUGCAGCCCGCCGCCCUCCCGUAACCCGGACGUGGUCUCGUGGAGGCAGCUGGUGACCCAGUGUCCGGACCAGAGCCGGCCCGUGGACGGCGCCUGGACGCACUGGUCCGACUGGCAGAGCUGCCAGCAGGCCGACGGCGCCGACUCGGACAUGUGCCAGUGCCGUCGGCGCACGUGCAGCCAGCCGGCGCCGGCCAACGGCGGCGCGCCCUGCCGCGGCCUGACCACCCAGGUGGCCAACUGCACGCGCCACGGCGGCUGGACCGGCUGGUCGGCCUGGUCGGCCUGCUCUCACCCGUGCGGCGUGGCCGUCAAGUCGCGCCGCCGCUCGUGCACCAACCCGGCGCCGGCGUACGGCGGCCGGCCCUGCGUCGGCGAGGAGUCGCAGGAGAUCAUGUGCCACUCGAACCCGCCGUGCCCCAGCCGCACGGCGCUGCCCGUGGACGGCGGCUGGGGCGCCUGGAGCGCCUGGAGCGCCUGCUCGGCCGGCUGCGGCGGCGGCUUCCGGCGCCGCAGCCGCGCCUGCGACAGCCCGCGCCCCGUCAACGGCGGCCGGCCCUGCCUCGGCUGCGACGUCGAGUACGGCGAGUGCGAGUCGAGCUGUCCGACGGUGCGCCGGCUCACCGACUGGACGCCCUGGCUGGCGGCCAACGACACGGCCGGCCGAAAACAGCAGCGCUUCCGGUUCGCGUGCCGCGCAGCGGUGGCCGACCCUGACCUGAUCCGUGUCAGUCAGGUCAAGGUGGACGAACGCUACUGCCGGCCCGACGGACACUGCUCCCCCGCCAAUUCUGUCAGCCUUGGCUGGGGCGAGUGGAGCGCCUGGUCCGAGUGUUCUGUGCCCUGCGGCGGCGGCGUCCAGGUGCGCUCCCGGGUGUGCGAGGGUGACGCCGCACUGUGCCGCUCCGGGCCGCACCGCAUGGAGCGCGAGUGUAACGCACACUCCUGCGAAGGCGAGUGGAGCUGCUGGUCCGAGUGGUCCCAGUGCUCGGUCUCCUGCGGCGUCGGCCACCGGCGCCGCUCGCGCGUCUGCCGCAACCGGCCCGCGUCCAGCGACGCGGGCGCCAUCUGCGAGGGCCACGACGUCGCGCAGGAGGCGUGCGAGAUGCCCAGCUGCACCAGCAUGGACGGCUGGCUCGAAUGGACGGUGUGGAGUCAGUGCGACGAAAACGACGAGCAGCACCGACUGCGGCGCUGUAACACCUCGGAGCCGGGCCCGAGACUGUGCCAGGGCCACGACCGCGAGACAAGGAUGUGCGUGCACAACAGCCGAGAUCGGCUUCAGCUGGCGGCCACCGGCGGCGGCUCGACCGAGGGCGCCAUCGGCCCCGGCAUACUGGUCAUGGGCUGCGUGCUGAGCUUCCUGCUGGGAGCCGGGCUGGCGGCCGGCGCCAUGUACUACUUCAUGGCUAGGCGGCGGCGGCGCUUCGACAAGGCGGCCCAGCUGUUCUCCAAGCCGACGCCGCCCAAGACGGCGGCGGCCAAGACGGCCGUGGCCAACCAAUACGUGACGCUGCCUGGCGCUCGGCGCGGCGCGCCCGGCGUGCACGAGCUGGCGGAGCUGAAGAACGGCUACCGGCGGCCGGGCAGCCCGACCAAGACGGUGAUGCCGCCGCCGAUGGCGCCGCUGACACCCAAGGUGCUCGGCAGCGCGUCCACGAUCCGGCGCAGCGGCGGCAACCGCUACGACCCGCUCAGCACGCAGGAGCUGCACUUCGACCUGGGCCUCGACUCGGACAACAUGUACUAGCGGCACCGGCCGGCCGCGCCCCCAGACUCAGUACAAACAUGUGAUAAGAUGUGUGAGGGACCCGCCCAACUGUGGGGAACUGUGUGCGGCAGUGGUAGUGACCAUUGUCGUGAAGCCGUUGAUGAAGCCGAGUAUGAUUGCAAUUGUUUGUGAAUAUUGCCAAGUUUUACCAUUGCUUGCUGCUGGCCCACUUGGUGCUAUUGGGUCGGCUGUUGUGCUAUGAUUGCUCAUGCCUUGUGCCAUGCGUGAUGAAAUAUUUGGUGCUAAAUGUGCCACGAGGUCACAAGCGUCGACGAAAGGAGGUCAAAAUCAUGUUAUUGAAAUUAUACGCCCUUUUUACGAACAAAUGCCAGCUCUUGUCGUUUUCGUACGCUGUAGUGCGGGGUGGUUUGUGUGACGAUGCGUGGCCUGUGAUAUGUGUAGGAGUGUGCCAUCAACUAACCCCACCUGACCAAUGGGAUGGGUGGAGACGAUGCCUCGUCGGUGCUUUUUGUACAGCGUCAGCUGCAGUAUUUGGGUCCACAGGACGAGGCGCGACAUCGGGACCAAACAGGCUGGAUUUUAGCGUGUGUAGUAGAGUUUGGGACUGCUUGUUGUGACCGUCCCACCAGUGAUUUUGUACUGGAGAAUCAGCAAUUAAUUGAUACGUCGCAGACCAUGUCAGCGCCAUUCUCCAUUAUUGGAGAUUGUUGUACUGUAUUGAUCAUGAUCACAGGAUAGACACUAUAUAGAGAUGAGAAUACAACUACUUAAGCAAUGAUUUGUGAAUAAAAACUAUGAGUGAUUUUA